GCAGGGCUCAAAGGUGCUCGGAGCAGCUCGGAGGAAAGGUGCUGAAGCCUGUCCCUCCUCUCAGGGAGGAAGGUGGGUUAGAGCAACAACCCUGCUGAAGCUCCAGUGGUCUGAAAUGUGAUCCUGCCGGAGGCACCUCCCUGGGCCCCACCUCGCCCUCUCCGACCUAUAUAUGUGCCCAGCCUUGGGCGGGCACGGGGACCGGGCUCACACAGUCCCCCCGGCUGGAGAGGCCGAGCACCAAGGCAUGGCCAAGAACACGAACAUGCGCUGGCGGCUCCCGCUCGUGUGCCUCCUCUGGGAGGUGGCCAUGAUCGUCCUCUUCGGAGUCUUCGUGCGCUUUGGCGCCGAAGCUGAUGCGCACUGGGAGGAGGAGAAACGAGAGAUGAACCUGACCAGUGACAUAGAGAACGAUUUCUACUUUCGAUACCCCUCUUUCCAGGACGUCCACGUGAUGAUCUUUGUAGGCUUUGGCUUCCUCAUGACAUUCCUCAAGCGCUAUGGAUUCGGAGCUGUGGGUUUCAAUUUCCUCCUUGCUGCCUUUGGGAUCCAGUGGGCUCUCCUGAUGCAAGGCUGGUUCCACUCUUUCAAGGAUGGGAAGAUCCUCAUUGGAGUGGAGAACCUGAUCAAUGCUGAUUUCUGCGUGGGCUCUGUGUGCAUUGCCUUUGGGGCCAUCCUGGGCAAAACCAGCCCCAUACAGCUCCUUGUCAUGACUUUGUUUCAAGUCACACUCUUUUCAGUGAAUGAGUACAUCCUCCUCAACCUUCUUCAUGUAAAGGAUGCAGGUGGCUCCAUGACCAUUCACACCUUCGGAGCCUACUUUGGUCUCACGGUGACUCGGGUCCUGUACAGACCCAACCUGGAGCAGAGUAAGGACAAGCAGGGCUCCGUGUACCACUCUGACCUCUUUGCCAUGAUCGGUACCCUGUACCUGUGGAUGUACUGGCCCAGUUUUAACUCAGCCAUUUCUGAUCACGGGGAUGCCCAGCACCGGUCUGCCAUUAACACCUACUGCUCGCUGGCCGCCUGUGUCCUCACCACCAUGGCUUUCUCCAGCAUGCUGCAAAAGAAGGGCAAGCUUGACAUGGUCCACAUCCAGAAUGCCACGCUGGCCGGCGGCGUGGCCGUGGGCACCAGCGCCGAGAUGAUGCUGACUCCAUACGGCUCCCUCAUUGUCGGGUCCAUCUCUGGCAUCGUGUCCACCGUGGGGUAUGUCUACUUCACGCCUUUUUUGGAGUCUAGGUUGCACAUUCAGGACACAUGUGGCAUCCACAACCUCCAUGCCAUGCCAGGCCUUAUUGGGGGCAUUGUGGGGGCCAUCACAGCAGCUGCAGCCACAGAGGAUGUGUAUGGAAAGGAAGGGUUCAUCAAGGCAUUUGACUUCACCGGCGUGUACCAGGCACGGACACCCAGUAUCCAGGGAGGGUUCCAGGCGGCCGGCAUUGUGGUGUCUCUGCUGAUGGCAUUUGUUGGGGGGGCCAUCGUGGGGGGCAUCCUCAAGCUGCCCAUCUGGGGGGACGCGGCGGCCGAGAACUGCUUCGAGGACGGCGUUUACUGGGAGGUGCCGGAGGACGAGGAGAGCGACGUGUACCACAUGCACAACCCCGACAAGCCCGCCUCGCCCUGAGCCCGCCGCCGGCCCGCCUUCCCCGCCGCAGGACCUCGCCCCGCUCCCGGGGCCGCAGGAUCGCCUUCCCGUGACGACCGGGGCUCUGCCCCACUCUGCCGCUUUUGUAACGAGCUGCUGUGGAUGUAAUAAAGUGGUGUUCUUCUUUCCA